GGGUUAUGAUUUUGAUCUUCAUCUUUGUUUAUACGUUUCUUACCGGACUUUCCUUCCUGGGAUUAUGCAAGCUGCAAAGCUCUCUGCUAAAUUCACUCGACAAGCUUUUUCUUGGCGCCAUGCAUAUAAUCUCUCCAUGAAAACUCUCGUUUCACCUUCCGCUGCAGAUGUAGGCGUCAACUCCAUCACAACCCCUGGCAUACAACGAGAAUUUUAUAAUUGCAGUCAACAAGAUGGAAGAGAUGCAGUCCUUUCGAGAGAAAAUAAGGGGGGAUUGUCCCAGAAUUUAUGCCGUAUUCCGCCAUUUGUGAAGAUCGUUGAAGUUGGUCCAAGAGAUGGACUACAAAAUGAGAAGCACAUUGUACCUACUGCUGUUAAGGUUGAUUUAAUAAAGAUGCUAGUCUUUUCCGGGUUGCCUGUUGUUGAAGCCACGAGUUUUGUUUCUCCAAAAUGGGUACCGCAGUUAGCUGAUGCAAAGGAUGUUAUGGAGGGAAUUCGAAAUGUUGAAGGUGCUCGAUUUCCUGUGUUGACCCCAAAUCUUAAAGGUUUUGAAGCAGCUGUAGCAGCUGGAGCAAAGGAAGUAGCCAUCUUUGCUUCAGCGUCUGAAUCCUUCUCGAAGUCAAAUAUCAAUUGCAGCAUAGAAGAAAGUCUUCAUCGCUACCGCCAAGUUGCUGAUGCGGCAAGAAAGCACUCACUUCCAGUUCGUGGAUAUGUAUCAUGUGUUGUGGGCUGUCCCAUUGAAGGAAUGGUGCCGGCAUCAAAUGUAGCAUACGUUGCUAAGGAGCUUUACAGCAUGGGAUGCUCAGAGAUUUCCCUUGGCGAUACAAUUGGUGUUGGUACUCCAGGAACUGUGAUUCCGAUGCUUGAAUCUGUAAUUAAUGUUGUUCCAAUUGAAAAUCUUGCUGUUCAUUUCCAUGACACUUACGGGCAAGCUCUUUCCAAUAUUCUUGUCUCACUCCAGAUGGGGAUUGGCACGGUGGAUUCUUCGGUUUCGGGUCUUGGGGGUUGUCCAUAUGCUAAGGGUGCUUCUGGAAACGUUGCAACUGAAGAUGUUGUGUAUAUGCUGAAUGGAAUUGGGGCAAAAACCAAUGUAGAUCUUGAAAAGCUCAUGUUGGCUGGAGAUUUCAUCUGCAAGCACUUGGGGCGUCCCUCAGCUUCAAAAGUAGCAAUUGCAUUGCGGAAAGUUACCUCCAAUGCCAAUAAAUGCACAGCCACUGCGUCCAAGUUAUGAGGUACAUUUUACCAAAGCUGUAAAAAAUAUGUAUACUCCACUCUCUCUUCUCUGAUGUUGUUCCCCAUUACCCAUAAUUUGUAUCUCUCUUUGAGCUUUAAAUUUUUAGGUGCAAAACUACUUUAUUGUGUAUGCUGCUCUUAUAUAGCAUGAAAUGAAAGAAGAGGUUAAGAAUAAA